CAUUCUUCCAGCUAAUCACUCGUACAUACAACUUGGUGUUCAAGAAUAGUCAUGAGCACGGGGGAAGAAGUUGUGGAUCUUACAUGCGAAUCCACGGAACCAGUGGUUGUCGAUUUGACGAACAAUGACUUGAGCAUCAAUGACUCUGUUGUUAUUGUUGAAGAUACCCCCAGGCAAAGAAGGACCGUAUCCAGAACGUCACAUCAAACGUCCAGCUGUGUAUUAAGUAGCGAUGAUGAAGGCUCAAGAGACACUGAGCUAUUUGCAACAAAUAAAGAUAUUUCCUCACCAGGCUAUGGUAGUUCAAGAUCUUCUUCGGGAAAAGUGAGUUGUCCGAUUUGCAUGGAUAGCUAUUCAGAGAUUGUACAGAGUAGGCGCCUGAUUGUGUCAACCAAAUGUGGCCAUAUCUUCUGCAGCCAGUGCCUCCGAGACGCUCUUAAAAAUGCUCUUUCAUGCCCGACUUGCAGGAAAAAACUUAAUAACAAACAAUAUCACCCUAUAUACGUAUGAAAUACAUGCAGUAUUUCUGGAAUACUUCGCUACACACUUUUUUUUUUUUACACUUCAAUUCCCACGCGCAUCACCGGUAAUUAAGUGAACCGGCUAAUGUUGAACACAAUAUUGCUGAAAGAAGAAGUGGACUGGUUCCCACCUCCUGGAUGUGUUUUUUGGGAGUGGAGAGUUUAAAAAGAUUAAUUUAUAUAUUUUUUUUUAUUAUAAAACAAGGGAAUAAAUGUAACUCGUUUCUACAAUAUUUAAUAACAUGGCUAAAUAAAUGCUAGUUGAAUAUA